UGAAUACCAUUAGAGAUCAAGAUUUCACAAAUUGUAAAGAUAGUGAUGGAAACACUAUCUUACACUUGGCAGUAGCUAAUAAACAAGUUGAGACAGUUAACUUUUUGCUUAUGGAGUCUGCAACAGAAGUUAAUGCUCAGAAUCUUCGUGGAAUGACAGCAAUGGAUGUUUUGAUCCGUAGUCGAACAGAUUUGAGGGAUGAAGAAAUUGAAGAAUCUCUGAAACGUGUUGGAGCAUUUGCAUCAAUGGAAAACAAUUCAUUAGUCCAAAUUAAUCAUAACAUAACUAGUCCAGGCUCGAAUUUGUCCUAUGAACACCGAGAUUUGUCCUCAAAUGUGAAAAAGAAUGGUAGAGAAAAGAUGAUUAAACAGAAAGAUGGUUGGUUGGAGAAAAGACGAAGUGCAAUAAUGGUAAUGGCUUCUUUGAGUGCAACCAUGGCAUUUCAAGUUGGAAUCAACCCUCCGAGUGGAGUAUGGCAGGAUAAUUAUAAGGUUGACUCACAAGGUCAUACUAUAUCAGUAUCCGAUUCUCACAAGGCCGGAGAAUCCAUUUUCGCUCAUAAUCAUCCAGAGCAUUAUAGACAGUUCUUGAUUGUUAAUACAACAGGACUCAUUGCAUCACUCAGUAUCAUAUUAUUGUUGAUGAGUGGUUUACCUCUAAAGAGGGGAAUAUCUAUGUGUAUUUUGAUGGUGAUCGCUUGGAUUGCAGUUACAACAGUUGCAGUGACUUAUCUCUUUUCAAUAUCCGUUAUAACACCAGAGAAAGAGAGAGAAAAACAAACAAUUAUAAUUUUGAUUGGGUUAUCAGUUUAUAUAUGGCUUGGCCUCGCGGUUCUCCUACUCAUUGGAGACACGAUUCGAUUGGGUUAUCAAGCUGGUACGAAAGUUAAUAAAAUGUUUGAGCCCGAAAGAAAGGAUUCAGGUUCGGGAAUUACAAGUCAUAGCACUGUUUAAGGUGUUGUUAAGUUAUGUCUAGUAAGUUGGAGUAUGAUGUUGAAUGCUUCUAAAAUUGAAAUAAAAAAUAAAGUCCUGCUUAUUGUAGUUUCUGAUCAUGUUCUAUACUAUAAAUAGGAAAAUGCCUUGAAUGCUUGCACUAUAAAUAUUUAUUGUAUGACGAUGUUGUAAUUUUGUUCC